AUGCAUGUGAACUUUGGCCACCCCCUGUCAGUCAGACAGCUAUGUCAGGACAACCUCAUACCCAGAGGUCUUCCUCAGAUGCCCAGUGCAGAGGCCCAAGCCUGUGUGAGGAACCUAUCGCAGUCUUAAGAGAAGAGGGUCUGCCGUGGCAUCAGCUCACAGAAAAAACCCUCUGGCUCAGGAACCUGGCGCUGGACUUUGGGGCUCAUCUGAAUUGGCCUGGACAUGUCGCUGACUCAGUGGUGAUGUCUUCCACCGUGGCUCUUCAUCACUCCAUAGUUCACCGUAAAGCCGGAUGCCUCUAUGUGGUUCAGGAGGAAGAGCCAGAGAGGAACCAUCUGGUCGGUCCAGAGCAGGGUGUGUUCAGGACAGCGGUGGCAGCGCUGAUGCUGGCCUGCUAUAAGAAUCAGUCGCUGCAUGUUUUUGUACGUCCUGCCUUGCUUGCAUCAGCCAUACACAUCACAAAGAGCACACGGAAAGACCAGCUCUACACCUUCUUCUGCUUCCUGCAAGACAUUUUUGCCUAUGAGUUCAUCUUCAUUCCUGGCAAGUCGUCUCAGGACUUUGAGGAGGCGUGCGUGCUCCUGAAGAAAUGUGGAGCAGCUCACUUCAAUGAACAGGAACUAACAGUGUCCGAAGCAGGGCUGGAGGUGUUAUCUUUCCUGCAGGCACUACUACAACCCUUCAUCGACUCCUACCGGAUGAUCUUCAGGUACCUCUCUGAAGAGGGAGCUCAUGUGUUCACAGAGAAACAGUUCCUACCUGCUGUGAGGAACCUGGCUGCAAAGCUCAUCCUCUCAGGUGAGCUUCACACCUACGAAGCCCUGUCGUCUGAAAUACAAAAAAACGUUUUGUCCGCUCUGCGAAGACUGAAGGCCUUGACGAAGUUGAACGAGUCUGAGCAGAAGGAAUACAGAGUUAACAAAUCAGCUGUGAGAAGCAUUGGAGACACGCUCUCUGGAAAAAUCCCUCCCCAGAUGCUCCAGACAACAGCUGGUGCAAAACCUUAGUGUCUGUUGGAACAGAUCCACCCUCACUAUCAGCCCACAGAACUGUUUACUCCUAACUACCUCAUCACUUUAUGGAGCCAUCAGUAGAAUUCCUCCUCUUUAACUCUGCAUUCUGAACCCUCAGACAAAAUCCUUCAUCCUGGGUGUCAGUGGCCAGUAUUUCCCGGGCUGCAUUCCACUCUUGAAUUAGAGGUGGGUGGUGACUUUGUUAGAUGGCUAACAUAGAUAAGAAAGAAAGAUCUGUUACAUUGUUAUGAGUUUUUUAAAUAUUUUGUCCUAGGUAAAUAGUUGAUAGACUUAAUGAGCAAGAGCCAUUUGAAAUAAAAUUGAUGACACUCCCUUAAGGCACUUGAUUAUAUGCACAUUGUUUUUCAGUCUUUCAAAGACCUUCAUGAUGUAAAAUACCCAAUAUAAAGGUCCUCGUCUCCGCAGCGCGUUCCCGUCUUGGCUCGCGCGUGUGCCAGCGUCAUGGCAACGGGAAAGCUCCAGACGACAGGACACCUGGAGGAGGCCGCUCCCCGUCUCCCCGUCUCCCCCUCUGUUCAAAGCUGAAGCCAGGCUGAGGGAAGAGCAAGUAGUCUCUACACUGAAACAUGUCACGUUUUAAUGUGACGAGCUUCUGACACAUUUUGUUGCCUGUUCUCGCGGAACUUUGACCCAAACGUCCUCAAGUCAACAAAAGGGAUGAGCAGCAUGAAGAAAAACACGGCCAGUGGCGUGAUAACCUUCCACAAACCAUUUUCAGUCAUCCUGCUGA